AUGCAGUUCACCGUCGCCAUCGUCGCCCUCUUCGCCGGCGUCGCCCUCUCGGCCCCGGUCAUUGAGGAGCGCCAGGUGCCCUAUAUCCCUUGCUCCGGCUUGUACGCCUCCUCGCAGUGUUGCGCGACGGACGUCCUCGGCAUCGCCAACCUUGACUGCGGCACGCCGCCCUCGGCGCCUGCCUCGGCGGACGAGUUCAGCGCCGUCUGCUCCGCCAUCGGACAGCGUGCCCGAUGCUGCGUCCUGCCUCUUGUGAGUGGAGUCCAGAAUAUGCUCAAGCUGCCCACGCACACGAUUGCUAAUGUUGUUCGAUAGUUGGACCAGGGCAUCCUUUGCAACACCCCCAGCGGCGUUCAGGACUAAGCGUCUCGUGUAGUGGGCGUGGAUGUGAAAUGGGCAAUCUCACAACGGCUUCUACGCCCGGGCAUCUUUCCGAUCCGGCACUCUCUCGAAAGAUGUAGUUCUGCUCCUUGUUCGAACUUUGUCGAGUAACAUCUGGCUAGCUAGGAGAGCUUUCGAAGAUGAUUCAUGAAAGGGAAAGGCUUGGGUUGUAUGAUGAU